CUGUGGGGCCGGCCGGGUGUCUGGGGUGCACGGGGCCGGCUGGGGGUGGCUCUGCGGCCGGACUGAGCUUUGCUGACACCCCCCCCCCCGCCAAUUUCCAGCCCAGGGUUUCCAGCCCGAGAUGGGGGACACGCACACCCGUGGUGUGCAGGGUGCCGUGGGGCAGAGGGCACACAGCGGGACAGGGCCCCCCAGUGCUCCCCUGCUUUUGGGGCGCAGGUUUGCCCCCUAAACCAGCGGGCUGGAUCCUUAGGGAUGGGGUCAGGGCGCGAAGCGGGGGUCCCACCUCCCCCGCCCCUCGCCGUGAGGCCGGUUCCUGCUGCGGCUGGUGGCAAAGCCCUGCCUCUCCCACGGGAGACCCCCGUGGGGCUGCCCACACUGAGGGUCACCGGGGAGGGGGACCUGUCCGCUGAGACCCCGCUGUGUCCUGCUGGCUCUCAGUGGGGUGCCCCACUGUGGGGUCCUGCCCAGGACCCAUGAGAGUGGGGGGUGUGGGACACACACACACACGGGGGACCCCCCUCACUGAUUUCUCCCCACCCAAGACGAGUGGCAGGAAGCUAAAUUGGGCCAUGUCUUGGUUGCUGGCACGUGACACUGAGCUAAAAAUAGCCCGGGUGGCUGGCAGUGGGACUGGGGGGUCCCGGGGUCCCCAACUGGGGGGACGGGGACAGGCUCCAACGGCUGCCGUGGCCCUUCCUCUGCCGGCACGGGGGAUGCUGGCACGGCGUGGUGGUGUGACACCCCCCCCCACCCCCCCAGCUAAGGGGGUUUCCCCUUUGGGGACGUGGGGCCACCACGGUGUCCCUGCUUGGGGUUCUCCGUGUUGGGGGUUGGGACCAGUUUGCCCCCCCCGCCCUGGGACGGUUGGGGCAGCGCCGCCCCCGGUGCCCCACGGAGAGGGGUGACAGCUGCGGGGGUGUGACGUGGGUGUUGGCGGCCUCGUCGCCCCUCUUCCUUCCCCUUUCCAACCCGCCUCGCUGCAGCUCUUCGGCGGAUCCCUCCGGUGGCACCCAGAUGCCGUGAGCCAUGUCGGACGAGAAGCCCCCGCAGCUGGUGGAUUACUUCGUGGUGGCCGGACUGACGGACACCUCGCGGCCGCUGGAAGAGGAGAGCCAGCAGCACCGCCCGGCCCGCCCCAGCGAGCCCAUCACCGACGUGGCCGUCAUCAUCCGCUCGCAGGGCGAGGAGGUGCCCCACGGCUUCACCUGCAUCGAGACCACCACCUCCGGCCACCCCGUCGACCUCAACGCCGGGCUGCUCAACAACCCCCAGAUGUUCAUAUGCUACAAGCGGGGCCGGGACAAACCCCCCCUCAUCGAGCUGGGGGUGCACUAUGAGGGCAAGGACCGCCCGAAGCCGGGCUAUAAGAUCCUGGACACCACACCCUACAGCCGCUCGGCCAACCUCAAUUCGGGGGGGCCGGGACAUCAACGCACCUUCCUGACGUACCGGCGGGCAGCCGAGCCCCAUGGCCACAACACGUUGGGGGUCACCGACAUCUGCCUCGUCAUACCCAGCAAGGGCGAGAGCACCCCCCACACCUUUUGCCGGGUGGACAAGAACCUCAACACCAGCAUGUGGGGCCCUGCCCUGUUCCUGUGCUACAAAAUCGCCAUGGCCAAGGCCAACACGCUGGUCUACGAAGCAGGGCUGCUGGGGCGUUACCCCGAGCAGGACAGCGAGUCCUUCCCCCUGCCCGAAUCGGUGCCCGUUUUCUGCCUGCCCAUGGGGGCCACCAUCGAGAGCUGGCCGGCUGACACCAAAUACCCGCUGCCCGUCUUCUCCACCUUCGUGCUGACGGGCGCCUCGGGCGACAAGGUGUACGGGGCGGCCAUCCAGUUCCACGAGGCGUUUCCCCGGGAGCGGCUGUCGGAGAAGCAGAGCCUGCGCCUGGGCCUGCUCAGCGUGGUGGAUCGCCGGCCCGUGGCCGGCCGCUCGCUGCAGACCCGCAAGAGCAUCUGCGUCCUCUCCCACUGGCCUUUCUUCGACGUCUUCCGCAAGUUCCUCAUGUUUAUCUACCGCUACUCCAUCUCGGGGCCCCACGUGCUGCCCCUCGAGACGCACAUCUCGCACUUCAUGCACAACGUCCCCUUCCCGUCCCCGCAGCGGCCGCGCAUCCUGGUCCAGAUGUCCCCAUACGACAACCUGCUGCUGUGCCGCCCCGUGUCCUCCCCGCUGCCGCUCAGCGGCGCCAGCUUCCUGACGCUGCUGCAGAACCUGGGCCCCGACAACGCGGUGGCACUGCUGGUGGCCGUGCUGACCGAGCAGAAGCUGCUCAUCCACUCCCUCCGCCCCGACGUCCUGACCAGCGUGGGCGAAGCUCUGGUGGCGAUGAUCUUCCCCCUGCGCUGGCAGUGCCCCUACAUCCCGCUGUGCCCGCUGGCGCUGGCUGACGUGCUGUGUGCCCCCGUGCCCUUCAUUGUAGGCAUCCACUCCAGCUACUUCGACCUCUACGAGCCCCCCAGGGACGUCAUCUUCGUCGACCUGGACACCAACACCAUCUUCCAGAGCGAGGAACGCAAGCUGCUGUCCCCCCGCUCCCUGCCCCGCCGGCCCUGCAAGGUGCUGCUGGCCUCGCUGCACAACCUCUCCCAGCAGCUGGAUGAGAUGUACAGCGGGCCGGGGGAGGAGGCGUCGCUGGAGCUGCUGCUGAGCGACGCGGAGGCGGCGCGGGGCCGGCGAGCGCAGCUGGAGCUGGAGGCGCGGGCGGCUUUCCUGCGCUUCAUGGCCUGCGCCCUGCGGGGUUACCGCUCCUUCCUGCGCCCCAUCGCCCCGGCGCCCGCCCCGGCCGGCCGCGACGCCGGCAGCCUCUUCGCUUUGCAGGGGUUCCUCAAGUCCCGGGAGCGGGCGUACCACCGGUUUUACGGGCAGCUCCUGCGCACCCAGCUCUUCACCCAGUUCAUCGAGGACUGCUCCUUCGCCAGCGACCGGGACCCCUGCCUCGAGUUUUUCGACACCUGCGUGGAUAAGGUGCAGGCGGAGCUGGAGAAGCCGGAGGACACCCCCUUAAUGGAGCUGGAUGACCCGCGGGGGGGUGAACACACUGUUUUCAUCACCCCCCCUGAGCAGCCGGCAGGUCCUGACGGCGCCGAGCUGCCUGCGCGGUACCGCUAUGAUGGGUUCCCCACCCUGCGUCCCGAGCUCCUGGAGCCCCCCCGGGACCCGUUGGUGGCCCAGCUGUGCCAGGCCAGGAGCAGUGCUCCCAGCAGCCCGGCCCCACGCAGGACCAAGCAGGAGAUGAAGGUGGCCCAGCGAGUGGCCCAGAAGUACUCCUCGGUGCCCGACAUGUGGGCCAAGUGCCUGUUGGGGCACUGCUACGGGCUCUGGUUCCUCUACCUGCCCACCCACGUCCGCGCCGCCCCCGCCAAGCUGCGGGCGCUGCAGCUGGCCUACGAGGUCCUGCGCAAGAUGGAAGCUCACAAAGUGGUGCUGCCGGACGAGGUUUGCUACCGCAUCCUGAUGCAGCUCUGCGGGCAGUACGGCGAGCCGGUGCUGUCGGUGCGGGUGCUGCUGGAGAUGAAGCGCGCCGGCAUCGUGCCCAACACCAUCACCUACGGCUACUACAACAAGGCGGUGCUGGAGAGCAAGUGGCCGGCGGGCACCCAGGGCGGGCGCCUGCGCUGGGCCAAGCUCCGCAACGUGGUGCUGGGGGCCGCCCAGUUUCGGCAGCCCCUGCGGCAGCGGGAACGCCGGGCCGCCGCCGUCGCCCCCCCAGGUGGUCGAGCCCCCCCGGCGCCCCGUCCCAGCCUGCAGCGUCAAACCACCUGGGCUGGGCGCAGCCUGAGGGACCCCCCCCCGCCCCCCCGGCUGGUGAAGAGCGGCAGCCUCAGCUUCCCCGGCAGCACCCACGGUGAGGAGGAGCGGGGGGAACCAGGGGAACCCCUGGCUACCCGGCCCCCCCUUCUUCCCACAGCCCCGGACCCCCUGCCCCCCCGGCUGCGGGGUCCCCCCGGUUCGGCCGACGGGAGCCUGUCGGACAUCAGCUUUGCCACGGAUGAGAGCGACCGGGCGGACGAGGGGCCGGCGGGUAGCGGGGGGCUGCCGGGGGGCACGCCGCGGCGGGGGCUGGCGGCCAAACUGCAGCAGCUGCUGUCCCCUGGCAAACGGCCCCCGCUCCGGCCGGCCGCCAGCACCGAGCUCCCCGCCGGCCCCCGCGAUGCCACCGCUGCCGCCUGCCCGCGCCGGGGCUCCGAGCAGCGGGACGGCGAACCCCCGCCGCGCCGCAGCCCCGUCGAGACCCUGCUGCGCCCACGGGAGCGCCCCGAAUCCACCGCCUCCGAGAGCUCUGUCUCGCUGGGCAGCGAGUUGGACCUGUCGGACACGUCGGUGGGCAGCGCCGGCGUUCCCAAAUCCUCCGAGCCGCCGGCUGACGGGGUGACGGGGCAGGAGCCGCCCGCCGUGGAGGUCCUGCUGUCCAGCUGCUCGCGGUGCCAGGGCUGCGGCGCGCUGGUGUACGACGAGGAGGUGAUGGCCGGCUGGACCUCCGACGACUCCAACCUCAACACCACCUGCCCCUUCUGCGGCCGCUCCUUCGUCCCCUUCCUCAGCAUCGAGAUCCAGGACUUCCAGCUGCCCCCCAGUGCCACCGAGGAUGGCUCCCUCCCUCCUCCCGCCGCGCAGGGACCGGUGCUCAGUGACCGCCGCCGCUGCCUGGCCCUGGAUGAGGCCGAGCCGGGGCUCUGCAACGGCUGCCCGGAUGCUGCGAUCCCACGGCGAUCGGAGCGGGUGGCUUUUGCUUAUCUGAGCCCGCUGGUGCUGCGGAAAGAGCUGGAAAGUUUGGUGGAGAACGAAGGCGGCGAGUUCCUGGCGCAGCCGGAGCUGGUGGACAGUCACCCCAUCAUCUACUGGAACCUCGUCUGGUAUUUCCAACGCUUGGGGCUCCCCAGCAACCUCCCCCGCCUGCUCCUCGGCUCCCAGCACGUCACCCCAACCCCGCAGACGCAGCCCCCCGAUUCCUCCGGCGUGCGCGUCCGGCUGCUCUGGGACGUCCUGACCCCCGAACCCGACAGUUGCCCCCCGCUUUACGUCCUGUGGCGGCUUCACAGUAACGUCCCCACGCGGCUGCGGUCCUGGCGGCCCCACGGCCACCCCUUCUCGCUGGCUUUCCUCGAGGCCGUGCUGAGCCACGUAGGGCUGAGCGAGGUGCACAAAGCCAUCGCCCUCUUCCUCGAGACGCUGGCAGCCCCGGGGGGCCCCCGGCACCUACAGAGGAGCAUCUACCGGGAAAUCCUCUUCCUCACGCUGGCGGCGCUGGGCAGGGACCACAUGGACAUCGCCGCCUUCGACAAGAAAUACAAGUCAGCUUACAACAAGCUGGCGGGGAGCCUGGGCAAGGAGGAGCUGCGGCGGCGGCGGGCGCAGCCCCCCAGCUCCAAAGCCAUCGACUGCCGCAAGAGCUUCGGGGCCACCCUCGAGUGCUAGAGGUGGCCCCCCGCCCCCUCCCCACUGCCCCCCCCACCCCAGGGAUCUGUGUGGGGGGGUCCCCAACCGACCCCUCCGCUCCCCAGCCCUAAGGGUGGGGAGCCCCCUGCCACAGCCCCUGCCUCACAAAGGGUUUUAUAUGUCAGUGUUAAUAUAUUUUUAUUUAUUUAUUCGCUCCCGCCACCCCCCCUCCCCAGCACCCCCUCCUCGCUUGUGCUGGCAGCCGGGGGGGGUGCUGGGAUGGGCUCCACACCGCUCCCCCCUCCCCGUUCCCCCAUCCCCACCUGCCCGUGCCCGGGGGUGGGGUUUUGGGGUACAUGGGGGGGGCGGUUUUGGGGGCCCCUCCCCUCCCCCCUCGCACUGUGCAAUAGGAGCCCCCCCUCACCCCGGGGGUCUGUAAAUAAAAGCCACUGCGGUAUUUUCCCA